AGAAAGAAACCUUAAAUUUCUAAAUUGGGCCAAAAGGUGGAGAUCGCCAUGGGAGAUGGCAACACGAACGCAAAUACAAGUAGAGGCAAUUCGAAUAGCAACCGCCCAGAGUGGCUGCAACAAUAUGAUUUGAUAGGGAAGAUUGGGGAAGGGACCUACGGGUUGGUUUUUUUGGCUAAAAUAAAAGCUAACCGCAGCAAAUCUAUUGCUAUCAAGAAGUUCAAGCAAUCCAAGGACGGCGACGGUGUUUCCCCCACCGCCAUUCGCGAAAUCAUGUUGCUUCGGGAGAUAUCCCAUGAGAAUGUUGUAAAGCUUGUCAAUGUGCAUAUCAACCAGACAGAUAUGUCUCUCUAUCUGGCUUUUGACUAUGCAGAGCAUGACCUCUAUGAAAUUAUCAGACAUCAUAGAGACAAGGUCAAUCAGGCAAUCAAUCAGUACACUGUCAAGUGUCUGUUAUGGCAGCUGCUUAAUGGUCUCAGUUAUCUUCACAGUAAUUGGAUUGUACACCGAGACCUAAAGCCAUCAAAUAUCUUGGUAAUGGGCGAGGGAGAAGAACAUGGAGUUGUUAAAAUUGCUGAUUUUGGCCUUGCAAGAAUUUAUCAAGCUCCAUUGAAAUCACUAGCUGAGAAUGGGGUUGUAGUCACUAUCUGGUAUCGUGCGCCAGAGUUACUCCUUGGAGCAAAACACUACACAAGUGCAGUUGAUAUGUGGGCCGUUGGCUGUAUAUUUGCUGAGCUUCUUACUCUAAAGCCACUAUUUCAAGGGCAAGAAGUGAAAGGCACACCAAACCCGUUCCAGCUUGACCAACUGGACAAGAUAUUUAAGGUCCUUGGUCAUCCCACACCAGAAAAAUGGCCAACACUGGUAAACCUUCCGCACUGGCAAUCUGAUGUGCAACGUAUUCAAGGACAUAAGUAUGAUAAUCUUACACUUUAUAGUGUUUUGCACCUGCCUCCCAAAAGUCCUGCAUACGACCUCCUUUCUAAGAUGCUUGAAUAUGAUCCUCGCAAAAGAAUAACAGCAACGCAAGCUCUUGAGCAUGAGUACUUUCGGAUGGAACCUCUACCUGGCCGCAAUGCACUUGUACCACCACAACCUGGAGAAAAAGUUGUGAAUUAUCCAACUCGACCUGUGGACACGACGACAGACUUUGAAGGAACCAUUAGUCUUCAACCUUCUCAGCCAGUAUCAUCUGGAAAUGCAGCAUCUGGUGGCAUGCAUGGACCCCAUGUUAUGCCAACUAGAUCUGUACCCAGACCGAUGCAAAUGGUCAACAUGCAAAGGAUGCAACCUCAGGGCAUGUCUGCUUAUAAUCUUGCUUCUCAAGCUGGCAUGGGGGCUGGAAUGAACCCGGUAAACAUGCCCAUGCAGCGUGGUGGUGCUGCUCAGGUGCAUCAGCAGCAGAUGAGAAGGAAAGAUCCAGGAAUGGGAAUGCCUGGAUACCCUCCACAACAGAAAUCUAGACGUUUCUGAAAGUCGUCUUCAGUGUCAAUCAAGCACAUACAACUCUGGUCUGGGUUUGAACCAAGCCCGUUGGACCGGUCUAAUCCGGUCUGUAAUUUGAUGGAGUUAGGCUUUAAUUUUUGCAGUUCAUUUAAGAACGGGGCUUUUUAGCUCAGACCAGAUAAGCCCAGGGACCUAUGGGGCUUAAGCAAUGUGGGGGGGUUGGCCCGUAAGUCAAAUACAUGCAACUAUUUAGAUUGCUUAUUAGUAUUUUUAUUUGGUUCGAAAGAUAUCAUUGCAAAAGUUAUUUAAUUUCGCUAUUAAGAGUAUUUUUGGGGGUGUUAGAAACUUGAUUAACAAGUAUUAACAUUAUGUAAUAUUGUCUGGUAAUAUUUAUGGUUAUUAAUAUUCUAAAAUUAAAUUAUAAAAUAUUGUUUUUUAAAAAA